CUCAGGGUAGCUGGCACCAUGGCAGGCUGCAGCUCUGGGCAGCUCCGGGGGCCCGCUGGGGACAGCGACUCGGACUCGGACAGUGAGGGGCUGCGGCCCCGGCUGCAGGUCAUUCACAGCGGGCACUUUAUGGUCUCCUCACCGCACAAUGAUGACAGACAUCGGAGCAAGGAGCCGGACAGGUCGGGGACGGUCCCUGCUGGCAGCAUUGAUCCCACGCUUACCCGGUUAUUCGAGUGCAUGAGCCUGGCGUACAGCGGCAAACUGGUAUCUCCCAAGUGGAAGAAUUUCAAGGGUUUAAGACUAUUAUGGAGAGAUAAGAUCCGUCUGAAUAAUGCCAUCUGGAGAGCUUGGUACUUACAAUAUGUAGAAAAAAGGAAAACUCCAGUAUGUGGGUUUGUUACCCCACUGGAUGGAUCAGAAGGAGAUGACCACCGUAAACCUGAGGCGGUGGUGUUGGAGGGGAACUACUGGAAACGGAGAAUAGAAGUGGUAAUGAAGGAGUAUAACAAGUGGAGAAUUUAUUACAAGAAACGCCUUCGGAAGCUUCAUCAGGAUGGAAAAUUAUCUCAAGAACAAAAGCAUGGCGCUCCCACCUGGAGAGGGGGUGAGAUGUUUGCCGGGUGCCCGCGUAAAGAAGAAGGACGUGGAAAAGAGGAUGAUAUGUUGUACGAUCUGGAUUACUUCUUAACUGAUAUCUCUGAUACCCUAUUUACCACUACUCAAAACCUGCCCCCUUCAUAUCAGUACCCAGAUUUUGAUUAUGUUGGGAAUGCAGAUAUGAUCCAGCCAGAACUCGCUACAUUACAGCCUAGUCUAGAUGAUUUCAUGGAUAUAUCAGACUUCUUUGGUGGUCCCCGGUCUUUUCCUUCUCAACAACCUCCUCUUAGUUACCAAGAAAACCAUGGCUACCUAACAUAUAAUGAUGGAACCAACAGCCAUUCAAAUUCUACCAUUGCUUGCCCAAGAGUCCCACAGACCCACAGCUCUUAUAUCUCCCGGUCAGAUUCCUGUUUUUCAACCCCUGUACUCUCCUCUGGAUAUGGUGCUGCUGCAGUGCCAUGUACACCUUCAAACAACGAAACCAAACCACUGUGCCACUACCCAGAAUCUCGUGACAGAUACACCACUGAAUCCUUCCCUUCAGCCCCAGUUUUACCCAUCCACUGCAUUUCUCCAAAUCUACCACUACAGGAUCAAAACCUUUUAUUCCCACCAGUAUCCUGUCCCAAACCUCCAUAUAACUCUGUGGCCACUGAUGCCACCAACUUAAAUCAUACUCCCUUUCCCUCUAUCCAUGCAGAUGUCUACCCUCUCUAUACAGAACCUUCACCUCAUAUUGAAGCUCCCCAUGUCUUUCCUAUGCCCAAAACUAAUGUUCGUGUUACACCUAACAAACCCAGAAGAUUUUCUGCCGAGACGACAGUAAGAUCUCUCUCCAAUGUCAGUCAGCAACAGAUUUCAGCACCUAACCCAGACUCUUCUUCAAAUAUGCCAUCUUGUGGACCCAGUGGACUCAAUACAACGACAGGUGUUGGGUCAGAUGAAAUGACUUUUCCUGGCGUUGCAGUGCUCGUUGUUCCACCUGUUCCUUCAUCUUCCACCAGAGGAGCCCUUAGUUUUGCUUCCCCUACAACAAAAUUCCUUAGUCCUGUGUUGUAUUCCUCGAGCAACAAAACAGUUUCUGGAGCCACAAACCUGACGUGUCCUCCCCUACUACCCAAAGCUGAAAAACUGUCACCAGCAGCCACCUGUGGUGAUGACCGUAAAGAUUCGCUGAAUGUACCAUUUGCACAGACUAUUAGCCACUGGAACCGGUCAGACAAUAAGAAGGUGGAGAGCCGACGUAUAACACACAUCUCAGCUGAGCAGAAGCGUCGCUGUAACAUUAAACUGGGGUUUGACACACUGCAGAAUCUGGUGACAAAUCUACAUGGACAGCACAACAGCAAGUUCAGCAAGGCCACCAUCUUGCAGAAGACAGCUGAUUACAUCUAUAAACUGCAGCAGGAAAGGGCCCAGCUACAGGAAGAAUCCCAGCGCCUGCGCUGCCAAGUACAAGAGCUCAGUGACACCAUCAGUGUGUGCCAGCAGCAGCUUCCAGACUCUGGGGUGCCUCUAACACAUCAACGUUUUCAGCACAUGCGUCAGAUGUUUCAGAAUUAUGUCCAGAGCAGAACUCUACAGAACUGGAAAUUUUGGCUAUUUACCAUCCUUUUCCGUCCACUGUUUGAAUCAUUCAACCGUAUGGUUUCUACAGCAAGUAUGGCAGAUUUAAGAGAGACAUCGCUGGAGUGGCUGGACCAACACUGCUCGCUGCCUGCACUGAGACCUGCGGUGCUGAGUUCAUUAUGUCAGCUCAGCACCUCAACAUCCAUUCUUACCGACCCAUCCCUGAUGCCGGAGCAGGCACUGCAAGCCGUAACACAAGGAGAGAAUGAAGAUGGCUUCUUCUAAAUCGCCAUGGUAUCUUCACCAAAGACUGCUGACUGUAUGAGAAGCUGGCUUAUAUAAGGUUUACUAAUAACAUAUACAUUCGGAAAAGACCAGCAUUUCUUACAGAAGACUUCAUUAUACAGAACUGAUUACUAACAAAGUGUUCCUCCCCAUGUCUUGGGGGGGGGGGGGGGGGGGGUUCCUACCUGUGGAUUAUAUGGCCUUUCAUGGUGCUGGUAAUUUGUUUCACUGAUCUGGUGCCCAGUUUUGUGGACGGGCACAAACAAAUGUCCAGUACUGUACACGUGAGCUCAGAUGUAUGUAGUGGUCUCUUGUGUGUGGAGAUCUAUAAGUGGCAGGAUGGAGCAGUUAUGCUAUCAUGAAGCAGGACUACUGAGCAAUCUCAAACUCGCAACCAUUUUUUUUUUUUAAAGGAGUUAUCCUAUGAUUAACGUAAAAAAAACAGACAUCAUUUGGUGCAUGACAAUCUCUAACAAAGCUAGAAGCAGCCCUGUACCUCACAUGGAUCCAGAGAUCUCCCCAUUCAUUGCUCUGAUAGAUUUUUGUCAAGCUGACCGCCCACGGGACGUGUCCUUUAUUUUGCAGCUCUCUCCCUAUCACAGCUCAGGGGCAUUCUGCUGCAGCUUUCUCCAUGUAACCGUCUCUGCUUCUAACAGUAGAUCCAGCUGGCAGUUAAAGGAUAGAACUGAGGGUGGAUUUACAUCAUGUAUUUUCCAUCCUUUUAACAUAUACAAAAAACGCAUACGUUAAACAGAUGCCUCAGACUGAUGCCAUACACUAUAGGGUACCAUUGUAAUAAUAAAAAAAUGUUUUUUUUUUUUUUUUUUUACUAUUAUAAUAAAAAGUAUACUUUUUUUUACCGGACUGUGCAGGAUACAAGAACAUGGUGUGCUGCGUUUUUGUAUUCUUUAUUUUUUUUGUAAUGUAUAUGUCAAGCAUGUGUGUCCACCUCAUUGAUGUUACUGAGGUCAACAACGAAUAAGGAAAAGAACAAACAGCAGGUGGCGCUAUACAGAUACAUUUUAUUGAAUAACUUUUUCAUUACAUGCAAUUAUAAAACUAUUCAGAUCCAGGUGCAGGUUUAAAAAAAAUAUUUUCAUAGGACAAUCCCUUUUAUAAAAGUCUGCAGAAAAAUGUCAUAACCUGACUUCAGUCCAAGAUAAUCUGAUUAUCCAGCCUUCACUGUAUAUGUGCGUGAAUGUCGUUAGUGGCUGUUUUAAUUAGGGCACUUUGUACCUGAUAUGUAUUGGUUCUACAAUGGAAAUUAACAAACGCAACGAUCCCAGUGUCAUUGUGACUUGUGAGCCAUUGUUCAGUGUUUCUGCUCCAUACAGUAUAUGCUCAGUGUUAGCACUGUGCAGAUUUUUCAUAUUUUCUGUAUGAAAGUGAACAUGUGAUUGUAAAAUUAUAUGCUCUUGUUAAAGUGUAUUAUGUCUCCGUUGUGAUUAUUCUCUAUUAAAUCAC